CAAUUGGAAUGAUAAAUGAAAGUCCUAAUCUUUUCAACCUUCCUCUUCUUCUCCGUCUUUCUCGCCGCCAGCGGCAACAAAUCAAAUUUGCCAUUGCGACUGAACUUCGCCGUUGCCAUUUUUAAAGUGCCGCUGAGUUCGCGUAACAGAGGCCAAUGACCACGGAAACGGCAAAAAAAACUGGGCCUCCUAAAAUUGUUAAGCUGAAUAACGCAUUGAAACUGGCAGAACAAUGGGUUUGUAAAAUGAGUGGAUCUGCUGAAGAUGAAGCUGUGGAAGUAGAACCAGAAGGCCGGCCUAGUGGGCUUGGACUAGGUGCAAAAGUUCCGCGUCAAUCAAAAGUUGGACCCUCAAACGACCCUGUCGAAAGAAAACUAUAUGCCAAGUUGGAUGCUGGAAAAAGGAAAGCAUCGAAAAACCAAGAGUCCACCACCCCUUCUGGUGUAGAUGUAGUUGAUGAUGAGGACCUAGAAAGCAGAAGCAGUGCAUUUGUUAGGAAGAAAGCAGUUCCUCUGACUUCACAGUUACAGGCAAAGAGAAAACGAAAGUGACUUGCUGCCUUGGAAAGGCUGAAUGUAACGAAAUGUAAUAUACUUUCUGGUUAACUUAAUGACUUUUAAACAUUUUCCCCAGUGGAAAUAUCUAUGAGAAAUCAAAGCUUUUGUUCUUGAAAUAA